AUGAACGGUGAACCUGCUCCCAACAAAUUAAUUUGGGCAGAUGAGGUUGAUGAACUGGACAAGUCGCAAGAGGCCGAGGCGGCAGCCAAGCCCCCUCCCGAGCCCCCCCGCCCCACCCCCUUCGGGGUUCUGUUGGGCGGCCUCCCAGACGACUACGAGCUUUGGGAGGUUGAACGGAUGAUGGAGGAUUUGCUACCCAAGAUACGGGUGGCGGGCUGGAGGCGCGGCCCCGGACAGGCCAUGUAUGAGCUGGACCUCAACAGCAUGCAGGAUGUGCAGGCUGUGUGCAAGCGCCUCAAUGAGAUCGAGAUCCAGGGUGAACGCGUGUGGGCGCGUCCUAAGGAUGGCCAUGGUGGUUACGGCGGGCCUGAUGGAGGGUACUCUUACGGGCAACCGCCCCGGAGGCCGUCUGGGAGGCUGGAUACACAGUACAGCCAUCCAAGGUACGAAAAUGGACCGUACGGCGGUGGGCCAUACGAUGGGAGUCGCGGGUACGGUGAUCGGCCACCGUACCCUGGUCAGCGAGACGGCUCGCUUUCUUCCCACAGCAGCUUCAGUAUGGGCAGAUCCGAUUCUGGGCCGUACGGACGCACGGGCUCCAGGGAGUUCAGCCUGUCAGGCGGUCAGCCGUCACGGCGACCGGGCAGCCGAGAUGAGGACUGGCACCGGGGCGGGUCAGGCCGGCGACUGCCCCCAGGUCCCGGCCCCGGCCGCUGGGCGCCCGGGGGACCUGGCGGUGAAGACCGUUGGCCGCCCGGAGGGCCCCGUGGGGGCCCGCCUCCGGCCUCGCUACACGGUGACCUGCGGGACGGCGUAAUUCCUUCGCGCGCGAGCGCGCCGCUGCCGCCGCCGCCACCGCCACCGCAGCAGCCCUCAUCUCUGCCGCAGCACCAGUCCAUGCCGCUGCUGGACGGGGAGCGGCCGAGGCUUAAGCUACAACCCCGGUCUUCGAAUGCGCUGGCGGCCUCGGGGGGUGAAGAGGGCUGCUUGGAGGCUGCGGCAGGUGACGUUUCCGGCAUAGCGGUGGAUGCGUCUUCGGGUGCCGCUGUUUCCCCGUCCCCGGCAGCCGAUGCGACAAGCACUGCCGCCGCUGCCGCCGUCGUCGUUAGUAAACCCAAAUCGAACCCCUUUGGCGCCGCACGACCCGUCGACACGCUGGCACGUGAGCGCGAGAUUGAGGAGCGGAUUGCUCGCGAGCGGGUCGGUAUCGACUUCAAGGAACGCGCCUUUGCAGCGUCGCACGGAAGCGGCCCAUUGCCUUCGCUGCAUGCUCCGGCGGCCGUGGUGGCGCUUCCCGCCAUGGCAGGCGUGCAGCCCGGGGCUACAGGCCUGCCGCCGCCACCGCCGCCGCCGCCGCCGGCAGCGCUGGUGCCGGCACUGGGCCCCGGGCUGCCGCCCGGCGCGCCGAUACCGAUUGUUGCUAUGCCACCGCCUCCAAUGCCCCACCUCAUUGCUAUAGACAGGGGAACGGCUCCGCCAGGGCCGGCGGCCGCAGGCGCGUUUGAGCGCUUGCCGCCUCCGGGCCAUCCUCACCUCCACUCCCAUUUACUCGAGCACGGACACCCGCCGCAAUUGAUACCUGGACCUAUGCCUGGGGUGGCUCCGCCGCCCGCGGCGGCGGCUCCGCCUCCGCCACCGCAUCUGGCGCAGGCGCCGAUGCUCCCGGUGGCAGCCGUCGCGGUGCCGGUUGUCCUCCACCACCAUCCGCCUCCGCACCAGCCGAUGCCGGGGCCCAUGCAGCGCGCGAUAGCUCAGCCACCGCCGCCACCGCCACCGCCGCCACCGGUCCUGCAGCAGCACCCUCAACCGCAGCAGCACCCUCAGCCGCAGCAGCAACAUCUGCCGCAGCAACAAAUGCAGAUACAGGGCCCGGGCAUGAUGACGCCGGCACCGCCGCCGCCACAGCAGCCGCACCUGCCGCUGCCGCAGCAGCAACAGGCACCUAUGCCACCCAGCAUGCCGUACGCUGUACAGCUCCAUGCGCCAGUGCAGCUGCUGCAGCGGCCUAGGCCGGCGGAGCCCCCUCCGCCGCCGCCAGCGGUGGCGGCAGUGGCAGUACCGCCGCCGGCGCCGCGGUCAUCUGCGGUAACAUCAACGCCCCAGUCACCACAACCGCAGCCGUUGCCAGUGGGUGCUCCAGAGCGGCCUGCGCAGCUGCCUCCGGGUCUUGGCUCGAGCGUUGAAGGCCGGAGACGGCCACCGGUACCUGCUGCAGUGGCAACAGGUAAUGCUGAGGAUGGCGUUGCUAUCCCGGCGGAGGAGGCCGCCUUGCGCCGGGCGGCGGCAGAGCAGGAGACGGCGCGGCGGCAGGCCAAUGAAGCGGCGGCACAUGCCGCCGCCGCGGCGGAGGCGUCCGCUGCCGCAGCAGCAGCGGUCAAGGCGGCCACAGCCGUGGCAGCGCUGACGAUCCAAGCACCCCCGACGCCGACGGAGGCGACCGAGUCGCAGCGGGGCCUCACCGCUGGUGACACCGACGAGCUGGACGAGCAGUACGGGGAGGAAGACGAGGAAUUUCUCGACGCACAAGAGCAUCUGCACUCCUCGGAGGACGAGCAGCACGGGACACCGAGCUCCGAAGGCGCGGCCGUCGCCGCCGCUGCAUCGGCGGCCGCUGCAGCUGCGGCGGCGGGUCUAGGACUGCGCGGCGGCUUUCCCGCUGUUUCAGCGUCCGCCGCACCGUACGGCAGUCGCGGCGGCGGCAGGGGGAUCCGCGGCGGCAGGGGCGGGCCCAGGGAGGGCGGUCGGGGCCGCAGUGGUGGAGGUCGUGGGCGCGGUGGCGAACCACGGCCGCACAUGCACCGGGCUGCAAAACCGUACUACGAGGAGCCUGCGCCUGAAGAGGGUGGUGGCCAGCGCGAUGGUGACGGGGCGGCUGUGGGUGAAGCGGUAGCUGCAGUCUCGGCAGCAGCGGGAGUGGCAUCUGGGCCCACGGGUGGCGGUGGCGGCGCUGGGUACGGCGCCGGGCCCCGCCGGCCGCGGCACGAGGCGGCAUCGGCGCCGCAGCCUGCUCCAGCCGCUGCGGUUUCGUCGGAGCAUGUGCCAGUGGUUGAGGACGGAAGUGCGCCGAACGGCCACCCCGCGGCGGUCGCGGUGCGGGCGGGAGAGGCGCUGGCCGAAGCGGCCGGGGGGAUGGCGGGCGCGGCGGUGGCCGAAGCGAAAGUGGCCGAGGCGGACGGCACGGGCAUGAGCACCCGCACCCCCACCCGCACUCCCAUCAUGGGCCGGAGCAUGGGCCGCACGGCCAUGUGCACGGUCACGGUCGGGGCGGCGGUACCAGCAGCGCAGGAGCGGAGCCCGGCGGCCCCGCCAGUGACAGUCGCGGCCACGGCCACGGCGGCCGCCAGUCCGGCGGUGGCGCCCCGUCUGGCGCACUACUGGUUGGCUCAAGACAGGAGACCUAAAGGUUAG